AUGUGGAUUAUUGGCAUAUGCUUUGAUAUGGGCAUGGAGGAGAGAGUUGCAGAGUUACACGACAACAAGGAAAAAAUUGAUCAAACAUUAACGAUAUGUGCUCAUACUUUUUCCGAUUUAACCCACACUUCUCCAGUAGUAUUCUUAUACCUCCUGAAAGAAUGUUAUGCUCAUGGUACAUGUAAGGCAACAAAAAAGUUCAGAAUUCUUCAGCAAAAUGUCUAUCAGGCACUGGAGAAUUCUCCCCAACCAGGGCCUGCUACUUUUGUUGUUUGGUGCCUCUAUGUUCUGCCAAUAUUUGAAUUAUAUUGUGAAGGAUUCAGUCACUUGAUUAUAUCUGCUCUUCGUCGCUUUCUAAAACUAGCCCCCGCCUCAGAGGACACUUUGAAGGCAAAAGUUCCAGCAGCACGGUUAUUUUUGGAUACCGUGGAAGGCUUAGUCAACCAUGAUGAGCGGAUAUUAGUGAAGAUACUGGAAGCUUUUGAUGUCAAGUUGACAGAUAUUGAUGAAGCCAUAUGCCAAUUGAAGGCCCAAAAUGAUUAUAGGUCUGACACAGCAAAAGCAUUUGUCGAAGAGUUUAUUUUUAAGUUGGUAGACUCCCAAUCAUAUAUGACAGCUGUCAGUUUAUUGGAACACUUCUCUAUCCGACAGUCUGGACAGUCUUUCCUCCUCAAAAUGAUGCAGAACAAACAAUCUAGAGCAGCUGAAAAGUGGGCUACAUUUAUGGGGAAGCCAAUGCUAUGUUUACUUGUUCAAGAGUAUGUUGAUAGGAACAUGCUAAAGCACGCUUAUGAGACAAUAAAGAAAAACAAUUUGAAGCAGGAAUUUCCUGAUGUAUAUCAUAAGUGCAAAGAAAGCUCAUUGAAGAAGUUAGCAGAAAAGGCGUUAUGGGAUCUUGCUGAGGCAAAGACACAUGGUGAUAAACAACUUCUUGAAUAUUUGGUUUACUUGGCAAUGGAGGCUGGUUACUCGGAGAAGGUUGAUGAAUUGUGUGAACGAUACUCCCUUGAAGGUUUCCUGAAUGGCAAAGAACCCGAGGCAAGUGAUCUGCAAAGCAGAUACCUACAUCUCAAUGAAUUGGCUGUUGAAGAUAUUGUUUGGGUUGAUGAAGUUGAUGGUCUGUGUUCUGCAACUAACCACAUCGAGGGAUGUAAAGUAGUAGGCCUUGAUUGUGAAUGGAAACCUAAUUAUGUAAAAGACAGCAAACCAAACAAGGUUUCUAUCAUGCAAAUUGCUUCUGAUAAGACGGUUUUCAUCUUUGACUUGAUAAAGCUAUUUGAAGACGUGCCUGAUAUUUUAGACAACUGCCUAACCCGCAUUUUGCAGUCUCCUAGAAUUCUUAAACUUGGUUAUAACUUCCAAUGUGACAUAAAGCAGCUAGCUCAUGCAUAUGGAGGGUUGAAGUGUUUCAAAAACUAUGAGAUGUUAUUGGACAUUCAGAAUGUAUUCAAAGAACCUCGAGGUGGUUUGUCAGGACUUGCAGAGAAAAUACUGGGGAUGGGUUUGAACAAGACAAGACGGAACAGUAAUUGGGAACUGCGGCCUCUGAGUCAGAACCAGCUAGAGUAUGCUGCUCUUGAUGCUGCUGUACUUAUCCACAUUUUCCGGCACGUUCGCAAUCACUCUCAGUCUGCUGGUCUCCCAGAGGCACAUGACAACAUCGAGUGGAAGUCCCGCAUAGUUUCUCACAUGGAUAACCCCAAGAAUGCCAAAAAGGGAUCUAAAAAUAAAAGAGAUUUGGAAGAUGAUAACAAGCAUGGGCAAUCAAAUAAGUGA